AGAAAAUGAAAUUAUGAAAAAUGGAUGGUGAGGUGGAAGGGGAUGGAGGAGGAGAAGGAGCAGGGGAUGUUCACAAUGUUAAGGGUGGUGUAUGUUUGCUGGAUCUCCCUGAGGAAAUAAUAAUCAAAAUAUUUCAUUCUCUCAACCCAUUCGAUAUCUGGUCAACUGCUAGGGUCUGCAAAUAUUUAGCAACUGCGGCCACCUGUGAAUCAUUAUGGAAGCAUGAGUGGAAUCGAGUAAUUGAAGAAACUCCAUUUCAGUUUCCAACAACACAAACCUUACAGGAUCUAGGAGUAUGUUUUCAAGAUGCCUGCAAACGACUCUGUUCAAUAAUUUGGAACGGAGGAACACAUUUUCCUAAAUGUAUUCACUGUAAGGAGUAUACCUGUGAUUCCUCAUGUACUGUACAAAGAGCAAAUAAGAUAGUUUUAGAUAUUGGCGGGAAAAUCACCUGGAUAAUAGCAGCUGACUUCAGUUUGAAGAAGCAUCUGUCUAUGAUUGCUGUUCCUAAACUUCUUAAAUGCUUUGAUUGUGAUGCAACUAUAGACCGUGGUGAACGAAGCUGUGAUUGUCGUGACGAUGAUUCAUUAAAAUGGAAUCUUCCCUCCUGCAGAUAUAGAUCAGUUAGUUCACAUACUGGUCUCCAGUACACUAGCCAGCAACUACGAGGAUUAGGCUACCAGCAGCAACAAGACCGUCCUCUCUGUCUGUUCUGUGAAGAGGGAAGGAUGUCAAGGUUACUAUGUGAAAAGGACAUGGUCCUUAGAACUAAGGACAAGCUAUCUGCCUUCGGUCAACCCUACUCCCUUGAUGAUACUUUUAAACCUACACAAUCACAUUUAUUCCUUAGUAACGGGUACUGUCAGGAAGCUGCCACAUUCCUAGGAGCUGAGAAUAUCGAUCUUCUCUCGCCACUGAUAGCAUUAGAGCAUAAUGAAGCGUUUCCACUUGUAAAAGCUUACAUUAAUCAUCUUGUGGAAACUUUCAAAAUGAUGGAUGACCUACAGAGACCAAACAGUUAUCUGGUUUUGACUGAACCUUCAAAUAUUUCUUCACAUGUAAAGCACAAACUUAUUAGGUACCUUUUUGAAGAGCUUCAGAUCUCUCGACUAUGUCUCCUGCCUAAACCUUUAGCAAUCUCCAUUUUGUUUGAAUGUGAUACCUGUGUUGUUAUUGACUCUGGAGCCACCAAUACGUCUGUAUGGGUUGUGUUGAGAAGUAGAGUUGACCCAGCAAGGACCCGGAGUAUCGGGGUGGGAGGAUGGAAUGUAUCUGAAUAUCUAAAGCAAGCAAUGUCCUGGCAGGAAACAACUGAAUCUGGAACGGCAACUGUAUCGAGUCUAGACACAACAAAUGUGAAGGAAAAAUGUCGGUUAUCCCUGAAUCUAUGCAGAGAGGAACAAAGGAACGCCUACAGAACAGAAACCCUAAGUAUCAGGUCCCAGGGGCGUGGCUUGAGAGGGGGCGGAGCCCAUCAUCAUAUACCAGCAGCUUGUAGUCGAGGUGAAUUCUCUGAAAUAACUCUGACCUCUGAGCUGUAUAUGGCUCCAGAGAUGAUGUAUGCGUCUCUAGAUCUUCCAAACAUGGUUGUGGAGGCAACAAGAGAUCUUCCACAAAAAUUCAUCAAGGAUUGUUUCUCUAAUAUACUGAUAACAGGUGGGAAUAGUGAUUUGCAGGGAUUCCUCCCCCGACUGUCCAGUGAUCUUAGAGAGAGAAUUCCGGAACAUUCAGCGCUCAUCAAUGUUUCAACAUUUCCAGCUGGAAACCACUCCUGGAAUACUGGAAUGGGAGCUCAUAUGAUUAAGGUUCCCCCGCCAUAUGAAGAUAUUCUUCAGCUUCACACUCCGGGUACUCCUUUCUGGAUGUCAAGAGAAGAAUAUAUUAUUUUUGGGACACAUCAGCUUCCAGAUACCGGGACAUUAGAGGAGUUUUGAUAUCAUUUGGACACGUCAGAUAACAAUUACUGGGACAUUAGAGGAGUAUUGAUAUCAUUGGGAUACUUGAGAUACCAGAUAUUGGGACAUUGGAGGAGUUUUGAUAUCAUUGGGAUACUUCAGAUACCAGCUACUGGGACAUUAGAUUAAUUUUGAUAUCAUUGGGACACAUUAAAUGCUAGACAUUGGGACAUUAGAGUAGUUUUGAUAUCAUUGGGACACAUCAGAUACCAGGUACUGUGACGUUAGAGGAGUUUUGAUAGUUUGAAACACAAGAGAUACCAGAUACUGAGACAAAAGAGGAGUUUUGAUAGUUUGGGACACAUAUGCUACUGGGACAUUGAUGAGUUUUGAUAGUUUGGGACACAACAGCAACCAGUUAUGGGACAAAAGAGGAAUUAAGAUAUCAUAGGGACACAUUAGAUACUAGAUACUGGGGCAUUAGAGAAGUUCUGAUAUCUCUGGGAUACUUCCAAUACCAGAUACUGGGACAUUAGAGGAGUUUUGAUAGUUUGGGACAUAUGAGAUACUAGAUACUGGGACAUUAGAGGAGUUUUGAUACCAUUGUGGCACAUCAGCAACCAGAUAUUGGGACAAGAGAUGAAUUAUGUUAUCAUAGGGACACAUCAGAUACCAGAUACUGGACCAUUAGAGGAGUUUUGAUAUCAUUGGGACACAUCAGAUACCAGAUACUGGAACAUUAGAGGAGUUUUGAUUCAUUGAGAUACAUUAGAUACCAGGUACUGGGACAUUAGAGGAGUUUUAAUAUCAUUUGGACACAUCAGAUACCAGAUACUUGGACAAUAUAGGAGUUUUGAUAUCAUUUGGACACAUCAGAUACCAGAUACUUGGACAUUAGAUAAGUUUUGGUAGUUUGAGACAAAUCAGAUACCAGAUACUGGGACAUUAGAGGAGUUAAAUAGUUUGGGAUACAUGAGAUACUAGAUACUGGGACAUUAGAGAAUAACAUCGGGACACAUCAGCUACAAGAUAUUUGAAACAUUAGAGGAAUUAUGAUAUCAUUGGGAUUCAUCAGUUACAAGAAAGAUAAGUUUUGAUUAUUUGGGACACUUAAUACCAAAAACUGGGAUAUAAGGAAGCAAAUAUACAUCACUGGCCUAAGGUCUUAACACGUUAGCCAACUCUGUUGUCAAAAUACCAAUGUUGUGCACAAUUGUGGCAUGAUAAUAAUGAUAAUAAUGAUAAAAAUAUAAUAAUGAUGAUAAUGAUAGUAAUAAU